AUGCCUACCGUUCCAAUUAUCAACAAGCCCGUGUUUGAGAUUGUCAGUUCGUCCAAAGAGAGCAGAACCCUCCAGAGGGCCAUGGCUUUAACGCAACUCGGAUCUCCUUUUGAUGCUGACAAGAAUGCUGUCGACUCCGACAUUAACGGUUAUAUCGGUAAGAGCGCCAUUGAUGACAAUGAUGACACCUUCGACUGA